AUGACGCUCAAAGACAUCUACCAACAUUUCCUCGAUCUACCUAAUCCCAUCAGCCUCGCCGACAACGCCGCCCUACACUACAUCACAACGGUGACCACAUUCACCCAGCCGGGACCCAUUGUUCGUCAUCUGGAAUCUCAAGAUAGAAGAGUAGUAAAGACCAGAAGUAUACGAAUCAUUUCGGCGGUGGAGGCGUCCAAUGCUUUGGCGCUGGAGGUUGAGACAGUUCUGGAGUUUAUCUCAGGCGGAGGAUCAUACUUGCCCGGUCUUGAAAACUUCAUAGUUGACAAGAUUGCCACCAUUCCCACGACUCACUUUGUCGAUUUCGACGCCGAACAGAAAAUCUCCCGAAUCCGGAUUUCGUGGGACCAGGCCUCGCUAUUGAAGCAAGCUGAGGUGAUUGGAUCGAGGGGCAGCAACUGGCCAGUCUUUGAUGGCAAAGAUCAGAUCAGACUGAUCAAGUCCGGUUCCAACCCUGCUCCAGUAGCGGCUCCCCAAGCUCAAACCAGUCCACGCGGUCGGCCCGGAUACCAAAGUAUUCCAUCCUCACGCAAUGUGUCUCCCAGCAAGAAGCAUAUCAAGGACCCUUAUGCAAGCCUCGAUCUUUUCUCGCCGAAGCCAACCGAGGAAAAUGAACACCCUGCAGUUCCUAAUGCUGUUGCACCACGAGCAUCAGCCAAGCCUCCUCCCCGGGAGAUGAGUGAGCUUUUCGCGGCCGGUCAUGAAGACCAUGAGCCAGGAUCCCCAAAGAAGGCACCGGCCGACACAGUCAUCGCUCCUAAAGGGGGUGGCAAUCAGAAGUUCGCACCGCCACGCCUGUUUGAAGACGACAUAGAUGAGCCAAGUGCUGUCCGGUACAAAUCCAACCCAGCCAAGUAUAAUCACUUCGACCUAGGUGACGCUGUGGAGGACGAUCCGAUGCAGCAUCGAGAGAACACUUCACAACUCAAGACGGCCAUACCGAUGCGCGCAAAGACGAAUAAAAAUCAGUCUCAAUGGAACUUCGAAGACUUUACGACACCAGUGAAGGUAGCCCAAAAGAUUCGGGGUCAAGAUGUGUUGCAUUUCAGCCUGGAGGAUGACGCCCACAAUUUCGAUGCUCCCGCAAGAAACUUCGUCGGACAGCAGCGCCGGAACAACGAUGCUCAUUUUGAAAUGCAGGACGACGGUACUCCCAUCGAGCGACAUGUUGUUCCAAAGCCUCGCAAGGACGCAGAAACGCAUUUUCAAAUCAAGGACACCUCAACACCAGCUCCUGUCCGCACAUCUACCCGUCCCAGGAGCUCCGCAGAUAACCGGCAGAGCCUGUAUACGAACAACUUGUACGGCGAAGCUGACGACGACAGGCCUCAAGGAAAGGCGCCUCUAUCGACAAUCACCAGCAAUACCAACCGCAAGAAUGACUUUGACAGCCAUUGGAAUAUGGCCGAGGUUUCGCCUGCUCCCGAGAAAGCGAGCAACGAGAACAAGCCGGUUGGUGAUAAUCAUCAUAAGGCGGUUGAGAAUAUGGGGUCACAUUGGGACACUUACGAUCAAUCCCCCGAUCAAGUCAAGGAACCAUCGCACAGUCGAUUGAGGAAAGGAAUGGAAAGUCAUUGGACUUUUGGAGAGGAAGAACCGUCCACCACCACGAAUGGCACGAGUAAGCCUCAGAAGAGUUUCUGGGACUUUUGA